AUGGCUGCGCCCCCGCCCUCAGCCGACGCCCCCCGACCGGCGCCGCCGCCCCUCGCGGCUGGAGACGGGCCAGACCGGCCGGAGGGGAAGAACGAGACCACGUGCGAGGACCGCAGCAACGCGGAGUCCCUGGACAGGUUGCUCCCACCUGUGAGCGCGGGGCGCUCGCCAAGGAAGCGCACCACCAGCCAGUGCAAGUCUGAGCCGCCCCUCCUGCGCACGAGCAAGCGCACCAUCUACACAGCAGGGCGGCCGCCGUGGUACAAUGAGCAUGGUACCCAGUCCAAGGAGGCCUUUGCCAUUGGUCUGGGAGGCGGCAGUGCCUCCGGGAAGACCACCGUGGCCAGAAUGAUCAUUGAGGCCCUGGAUGUGCCCUGGGUGGUCUUGCUGUCCAUGGACUCCUUCUAUAAGGUGCUCACCAGGCAGCAGCAGGAGCAGGCUGCCCACAACAACUUCAACUUUGACCAUCCAGAUGCCUUUGACUUCGACCUCAUCAUCUCCACGCUCAAGAAGCUGAAGCAGGGCAAGAGUGUCAAGGUGCCCAUCUAUGACUUCACCACCCACAGCCGGAAGAAGGACUGGAAAACAUUGUAUGGUGCAAAUGUCAUCAUCUUCGAGGGAAUCAUGGCCUUUGCUGACAAGACACUGCUGGAGCUCCUGGACAUGAAGAUCUUUGUGGACACAGACUCUGACAUACGCCUUGUGCGGCGACUGCGCCGUGACAUCAGCGAGCGGGGCCGGGACAUCGAGGGCGUCAUCAAGCAGUACAAUAAGUUUGUGAAGCCCGCCUUCGACCAGUAUAUCCAACCCACCAUGCGUGUGGCGGACAUCGUGGUGCCCCGGGGGAGCGGGAACACAGUGGCCAUCGACCUGAUUGUGCAGCACGUGCAUAGCCAGUUGGAGGAGAGGAAGCUGCGCUGGGAUCUGGCGGCUCUGGCCUCGGCGCACCAGUGCCACCCCCUGCCCAGAACGCUUAGUGUCCUCAAGAGCACGCCGCAGGUGCGGGGCAUGCACACCAUCAUCAGAGACCGGGAAACCAGCCGGGACGAGUUCAUCUUCUACUCUAAGAGGCUGAUGAGGCUGCUCAUCGAGCACGCACUCUCCUUCUUGCCUUUCCAGGACUGUGUGGUGCAGACCCCACAGGGUCAGGACUACGCGGGCAAGUGCUAUGCCGGGAAGCAGAUCACAGGCGUGUCCAUCCUGCGGGCUGGCGAGACCAUGGAGCCUGCACUGCGAGCCGUAUGCAAGGACGUGCGCAUUGGCACCAUCCUCAUCCAGACCAACCAGCUCACUGGGGAGCCCGAGCUCCACUACCUGCGGCUCCCCAAGGACAUCAGUGACGACCACGUGAUCCUGAUGGACUGCACGGUGUCCACGGGCGCGGCGGCCAUGAUGGCUGUGCGGGUGCUGCUGGACCAUGAUGUGCCCGAGGACAAGAUCUUCCUGCUAUCGCUGCUUAUGGCGGAGAUGGGUGUCCACUCGGUGGCCUACGCCUUCCCGCGCGUUAGAAUCAUCACCACAGCAGUAGACAAGCGCGUCAACGACCUCUUCCGCAUCAUCCCUGGCAUCGGGAACUUUGGUGACCGCUACUUUGGGACCGACGCUGUCCCUGAUGGGAGCGACGAUGAAGAAGGGGGCUCCACUGGGUAG